GGAGGUCGCGCGUGGAUGCAUCAGGAUAAAGCGGAAGUUUUUCUUCUGGCCCUUGGCUUCUGGCCUUGCAGCAACAAAGUUUUAAAGGGGGAUCUAGGCAGCACAGAAAUGACGAUGCAGUGCCGUUCAAUUUUGCUAAAAGUUAUAUCAAUUUUUGGGGUAGUCUCCAGUUUAUCAAUUCAUGAUCCACGCUUGUCGCCAGGUCAUAUGAAGCCGCUCGGAACAGGAAGGCCUAAGUUUCCAGUGGAGGCCCUUACGGCCUAUCCAAGCCCUCAAGAAUUUUUUGACAAUUAUGUUGACAAGAAAAGACCCUUUAUAAUUUAUGGUGCUGCAAAGUCAUCACCAGCAUUCACAAAAUGGACUCAUGCAUAUUUCAAAGGAAAUCCUGAAAUCGCAAACAUGCAUGUUUCUGUUGAUAAGGACAAAAAAGAACUCAAUAACAUAUCAGACUACAGACAUAUGAAAUUUGGAAAGUUCCUUGAUAGAUUUCAGAGUGAAGAGAUGUACUUAGUUGAUGGGGUGAAGAAACAGCUGCAAGUUGAUAUUUUACUGCCUUCACCUCUUCGAUGCAAGGAAACAAGAGAGCAUUUGAAAGACACAGCAAUCUGGUACAGUAGUGGUGGCACAAAAUCUCUGUUUUCAUUGACAUUCCGUGAUGAAAUAGUUUGUGUAUUACGUGGCAGAAAUGAAUAUUUAAUGGUGCCUUACAUGAAUUACAGAGAUCGAUUCACGGAAAUCAAAGAUGAAGCAGGAAUCCGUGGCAUUGAUGUCGAUAGUGUCGAUUUUGGCAAGUAUCCUCAAAUGGAGGACAUUGAGUGGAUGUCUGCAACUCUAGAUGAAGGCGACUGUAUGUAUCUUCCAUAUAAAUGGGCAAAUCAAAUAAACUCAUUUGCUGGCAAGACUAAGGAGAGUCUUUUCAUCACGUUUUCUUUCAACCAUGUGCACGAUCAUAAACCAAAACAAUGCUCCAUUGAUCCAAGCGAGGCAACACUGGACAAGUAUCAGUUCUCUCAUUUGGAAGAUGAAGAAAAGGCGCGAAAGGAGGCCGACUUGAUUAGAAAGCACAAACAUGGGAAUCAAACUAAUGCGCAUAACCACGACGCGGAGGAGGAGGAUGACGAUCAUCACCAUGAUGGGGAGAGUGAAGAUGAGAGCAAUGAAGAUGAAGGAUUGUUGUAUUUAAAUAAAUUCAAAUCUUUCCUGAAGAAACGAGAGAGCAAAACAGUGAAUUUUCAGCAAUUUAUACAAGAUAUAAAGGCUUCAGAUAUUUUUGAUGAAGAUUUAGCUCCUUUCAGUUUGCCUAACUCGUUUGAAAAAAUAACACGUGAGAUUUUCGAUAUAGUGGACGUUGAUAAGGAUAGCUUGCUUUCCUAUAACGAUUUCAAGGCCAUUAGGAACAGCAAAAGGUUUCAGGAAAUUCUUAGUGACUUGGACUGGAAAGUGCGCAAUUGGAGUGGCUAUCUUGACGAUUAUUUGGAAUCACAUCACCAUGGCAAAUCUAAUGAGCAAUUUGAUGUAGAGAGAAAAGCAAGGGAACUUAGAAAAAAGCUAAGUGUUCAUGAUCCUAUGGAGCUGUAGUUUAAUCUUCAGUUGAGUUUUUUUAAACGGAAAACAAUUUUUGUACGACAUUUCUAGACGAAUUUUAAUGUGAAUUUUUACGCAAUUUAGGUUUUUCAAGGUGCCUAUAUCGUUUUUCAUCUAAGCACAUUUUGGUCAAAUUGCACACCAAAAUUUUUUAUAUAUCAUACACAUCAUGGGUUGCUAUUAAUACUCACUGAUACUUCACGCUCUUUCAUUGGUCCACCUCAAAGCUUUGGGCCUGAAAGUUGAAUUCCAACAAUUAUUUGCGAUCGUUAGAAUUGGUUUCAGAAAGGGAUGUACCCUUCAGCAGUUUAAUCUUAAAAUUUUAGGAGAAGAUAAAUUUGGCAGUUUCUGGACUACAAAGGUUUUAAACUCGGUAAUUCAAUUGAAAAUUGAGACAACUGCAAAUGAAUUUAUUUUUAAAAGUGGCCUAGAAAGUAUUGCCAACAUUCAAGACCUCAAAAUUCUCUGGUCGUUUAUGACUCCUUUUUAGAAAUCUGACCUGCACCAAUACGUACACGAAGGUGCUUCUCAACAGGGGUCACAGACAAAAUGAAUUUGCUUUUAAGAUUUACCAAUGCCGAUAGGAACUUUUUAGUUUUUUGGUAAACUCAACCGAUGAUCGCAUAAGACAUAACUCAGAUAUAAAGCACGUCAUGCUAAUAAAGCUCUUUUGAAAACCACGUUUGUCAUAUCUGGUCCUAAAUUGUGAGGAAUACUAUUUUGUAUGUUGAUGACUUCAUAGAAGGUUUGUCUGCAUCUAAUUUGAAGAUACGGUGGACGGUUGCCAUGCUUUUGAUGAAGAACAGUGCCUAUCGAGACUGAAUCGCUAACAACCCUCAUUGCUCCUGACUAACCACAACUCGUUGCUCAAAUCUUACCAAGGUCAUCCACCAUAAACUAAUGUCAAGGACGUAAAACGUUGCUUCUGAAACUCAUGUGGUUUUUCCAUUUGUAGCGAUCAAUCUUGUAGACUUUAGCCGUAGGAUUGCUAGCUUCUCACAACAUCAAUUAGUAGUAAGCUGUUUGUUAUAAGAACGUAUUUAAUUAAUUGUAGCUAUCUUCCGACUUUUUCAGCUAUUUUUGUACGCUUUAUGUAAGAUAUGUAAGGUACCAUGCUUGUGAAUGUUAGCUUAUGUUGGUCA